AGCCUUUUAAACAGCUGGUCUUGGACCGCGGCAGCAAAGGCGUUUCUUCCCCCUUGCUGCUCCUCCCAUCUGGAUCAUAGAUGUGGUACGCGCCAAAAUGGCAGCGUUCAUAUUUCAGCGUGGGUUACUGCAGAGCCGGACUACGAUGAAAAAUUGGGCGGCGACAGGUAAAAGAUGUAUUCUUUCAGCUGCAUAUGUGGACAGUACAACAUGGGAAGAAAGAAAAAAGGAAGAGCACAGCCUGGCUGAUUUAGCCAAUUUGAUGGACAGAACCUAUGAAAAAAAACUACCAGUCAGCUCUUUAACAUUAUCUCGGUUUAUAGAUAACAUUUCUUCACGUGAGCAGGUGGAUCAAACUGAAUAUUAUCUAUACAAGUUUCGUCACAGCCCUAAUUGCUUUUAUUUAAGAGACUGGAUCAUCCACAGCUGGAUUAGGAAGUGCCUUAAAUUUGGUGCACAGGAUAAAGCUUUGUAUACUCUACAAAACAAGGUCCAGUUUGGAAUAAUUCCAGAUAGUUUUACCUUCAAUUUAUUAUUGGAUUCUUUUAUAAAAGAUGAGAACUACAAAAAUGCUAUGGCUACAGUGACUGAGAUAAUGAUACAGGAAGAUUUUACUAAGGUGUCCACCCAACUUCUCUCUCUUUAUACCAUGUACAAAUAUUUGACAACCAAAUCAGAACUUACGUGGGAAGAAGAGAAAAAUCUUGGAGCAUCUCUGCUGUUAGUGGGCCUCAAGCAGACUAACACUGUAGGAUUUAGUUCUCAGCUAUAUGGCCUUGCCCUUCUUGGUAAAGUGGAGCUACAGAAAGGAUUGCGAGCUGUUUACCACCUAAUGCCGCUCAUGUGGACCCCGGGCUAUCUGAACAGAGCCUUGAAAGUAAUGGAGGAUGUGGCCUUGCUUCCUGAAGAUGUGAAGCUUUGCCAGGAAGCAGUUGAUGUUCUGGGAGACAUUUUGCAGCCAGCACCUGAGCCCGAGGUUUCUCCAGAAGACCCCAAGGAUCCAGAAGAAGCACCAAAGAAGAUACCACCAGAAGAAAACGAGGAGCUUCGACUGCCUGAAUAUCUAAACCGUUUUAAGGAGCUGAAUUCUAAACUCCACUCCCUUGGCAAGGUGGAAUCUAGGAAGCUGCUAACUCUAACUACCCAACUUGUUGAGGAGAAACUACCAGCAUCUGAAGGGGAAGACAUUACAAGAUACAAAGAGAAACUUGAGGAGUGGGAAAAGGAACGAACGAUGCUGAUUGAAAGGGAACAAGAAAUGAAAGAAAAAGCUAAGGAAAUGAUGGAAAUGAAAAAAAAAGCAAAAGCAGCCACAUGAUGCUUUUGCUGACAGACUUCCAUUAGGUCUCAGAUUGUCUUGGCAAUAAAACAAAGUUUCAUCCCAUCUAGUACAUUAUACAGACUUGCUUGUCCACGCAUUAAAUCUUUACACAAUCCAGGCUAUAUGUCAUCCCCUUCUCUGAAAUCUAUUAUUAUUACUGUUUCUGAAAGUAUAUAUUACUUCUGUUGUGUCCGAGAACAAAAGUCUGUCAUUUAAUCAAAUGGUUCCUUUCUAAAACAUUGGAGUGAGAUAGAACGUUCAGAAGAACCAUUGUCAUCAUCAGCAUAUGCUAUUGUUCGUGAUAGUUACUGGAAAAGAAUGGCUGGUAGUUUAUAAAUCAGGGAAAACAAUAAAUAAAUGUAAUUUGAAUGUGUACAUGCAUAUUCUGUUUAUUUAUUUAUUUAUUUAUUUUAUUAAAUUUCUAUACCGCCCUUCUCCCGAAGGACUCAGGGCGGCGUACAGCCAGAACAAAAACACAGAAUAUAUACAAUUAAAAGAAUUUAAAAUGUUAUUUCUAGAGCAAAGCAUAGUUUCCCAACUCUCCAACUUGGGAGUUAAAGAGUAGUUCAGAGAAUCAGAAAUAAUCUAUUCUGCCAUGAUCUGUGAAUAUUAAUCUGGAUUAGCCUUCUCAACGCUUGAAAUAGGUCAGAUUGCAACUCCUAUUACUAACAAAUAUGAGAGAGAGAGGCUGACCUGGACUCUACCUAGGAAGGCACGAUACACCUUUAUAAUAAAACAUAGUAAAAUCUCAAUAAAAUAAAUCUGUUCAUUUUGUUAUGUCACUCUUCUUGCCAAAGUUGAUGUUUAAAUAUAAAGCUAAAAAUGCCAUCAGGAGCUAAUACACCUGGAAGAAUGCAAUAAAUUUAGUUCCUGAUCGCUGA